GUUAGAACGAGACUUCCUUUGCCUAAGCUGAAAAUUCUGACCAAUCAGAAAACGCCUGAGUGGCAACUUCUUGUUGCAGACAUUUACACGUGAAGAUGAAGGCUGCACUGUUCAUAGCAUUUGCCUGCCUCGUGGCACUAUCCAGUGCCCAGGAUGGGGCUAAACUCUUGGCCUCCAAGACUCUCUUGAACCAAUGGUUGGUGGAAGGCAGGGACAUGACUGUGCUCUAUACCAUCUACAAUGUUGGAAGCAGUGCUGCAUCCCAGGUUGUCCUCAACGACGAGUCCUUUGCCGAGAGUGAUUUCGCCGUGGUCAGCGGUCAGCUGAAGGUCCAGUGGGAUCGCAUCUCACCGGCCAGCAACGUGACCCACGCAGUCAUCCUCCAGCCUCUCAAGAACGGCUUUUACAACGUCACACACGCCACCGUCACCUAUGUCCCAUCAGAAGGAUCAGAAGCUAGGACUGCUUAUACAAGUGCUCCAGGAAAAGCCGGUGUUGUAGCAGUAAAAGAUUAUGAUAGGAGAUUCUCCCCACAUUAUAUGGAUUGGGCUGCAUUUGCAGUUAUGACCAUCGCUCCCAUCGGCAUUCCAUUCCUCCUCUGGUUCAGAAGCAAGUCAAAAUAUGAGGCUCUUUCAUUCAAGACCAAGAAACAUUGAUGUAUCUUAAACCUUAUCCCAAAGUUAAAUCCUUUAUUUAAUUUGGAAAAAAAUCACUACCACAAAAUCAGGAUGAUGCUUUAUGGAUAGAAUUCUUCCCUGUCUAACAAAUGAUGUAUGCAGUAUUUCAGAGGGCCCAAUUUUGUCUUUUUAAGUUUGUCUUGUUGGACUUGUUACAUGUUAAGAUCAGAUCCUGGUUUUGUGGUAGUGAUAUUGAUAUGCUCCUUGAAGAAAUUUAAAUUGAAGAAAAACAAUGGAUCAGUCACUGAUUGUGAAUUUUAAAAAAAAUACAUGUUUAACCAUGGCUUUGUCAUGUCAUAUAUACAUUCCAUAG